GGCGCCUCCUCCGCGAGCGCUCGCUUGUGUCACGGGCGCUGACGACAGCAUCCUCCUCCGCAUCCCGUCGCCGUGGCAACCUUUUGUUACCUCCAACGCUCGAGUGGUCCAGCCGAGGAGGGGGGCAGCAGGGGUGGUAUAUAGGCAAGGCUCGGGUGGGGGGGAGUCAGGGAAGGAAACUCCAGUUCCCCACCCACAGAAGAGGAAGGCUGGAGAAGCCUGCGGGAAGGAGCGGAGCUGGGCCAGGAGGACAGAAGAAAAGAGAUUUAUUAUAUUUAUUAAUGUAAAUUGUAUAUACACUUAUAAAGAGCGGCCUAUUUGGAAAGAGGAAACCAGGAAGAAAAGGCAGACCAUCUGGAAUCGGAAACAGAGAAAUCCUCAGCCUUCUUCCCCAAGGGAUAACACAGAUUUCUUGGCAGAGAAGAGUCUCGGGAACUAUCCUCGAAGCUUCCGUUGAAAAACAGCACUGACUGCUGUUAUGUAUGCUGAACCAUCCACCAUGAAUUUCCGGAACCAUGGGUUCUUUCGCCGUUCUCCACCCCCUUCGGUGGCCAAGCCAUCUCCUGCUGCUGGGAACACAUUGUCGGUCUUGGGAGGCAUUGCUCAAAUCUCUCCUUGUCUCUAUCUCUGCUCUGGCAAUGCUGCAUCCAAUAGACACAUGGUGUACUCCCGGGCGGUAACCUGUGUAGUAAAUGCCACCAUGGAAAUCCCCAAUGCCAACUGGCCAGACAUUGACUAUGUGAAGGUGCCUGUUCCGGACCUCCCCCAUGCUCCACUCUCCUUGUACUUUGACUCCGUGGCUGAUAGGAUACACCAGACAGGGAAGAAGAAUGGAAGAACCCUAGUCCACUGUGUGGCAGGUGUCAGUCGGUCUGCCUCCCUCUGUAUUGCUUACCUAAUGAAAUAUCAUCGGUUGAGCCUCUUGGAUGCUCAUGAGUGGGUGAAGAGCAGGCGACCUGUUGUAAGGCCCAACGUAGGCUUCUGGAGACAACUCAUUGAAUAUGAACGCAAGUUGUUUGGCAAGAACACCGUCAAGAUGGUGCCUUCACCCAUUGGGUUGGUCCCAGAUGUCUAUGAAAAGGAGACCCGUGGGCUGGUCCCCUUGUGGAACUUAAGAUAAAGACUACCACUGAGUUGGGCUGUGGGCCACUUUGACUUAGAAUGAAAAAGUUCCACCAUGUUUGGACCUUUAAUAAGAUUGUCCGGUGUGGUGGACCUUAAUAAGAAAUUCUGUUAAUGGUAGUCUUUUUAUAAGACCUUGCAAUAUGAGUACAGUAGAUCAUGGAAAAGACUUGAGUUGCUUGAACAUUGCAGUGUGGUAGACUUUGCUGUUUGGUACCAUCCUGUCAAACAUUGCUAAGAACCUGUAUUUUGCUUAUAGACUGAGGUGAUAUGAUGGUUAAACACAAAAGUUUAGGCAGUAAAGAUUACUCUCUAACA